GCCGUCGGGAGCGGACAUGUUGUACCAGCCCUGCCCUAAAUAAACACCGCUUUCACCGGGGGAAUCGGGCGCUAAGGGGGAGAUUCACGUCGUCGGGAAAUCAUGGAGGCCGUCAACGCGUUUAACCACGAGUUGUUCUCACUGAUGGACUCUAAGCCGCCAAUCUCACGGGCAAAGAUGAUCUCCAUCACCAAAUCGGCCAUAAAAGCCAUGAAACUGUACAAGCAUGUUGUCCAGAUUGUUGAAAAGUUCAUCAAAAAGUGUAAGCCCGAAUACAAGGUGGCGGGCCUGUAUGUUGUGGAUUCCAUAGUCAGACAGUCCAGACACCAGUUUGGGCCAGACAAGGAUGUAUUUGGCCCGAGGUUCACCAAAAACAUCAACGGAACCUUUGAGAACCUCUGCCUUUGUCCAGUGGAGGAUAGGAGUAAGAUUGUGCGGGUUUUGAAUCUGUGGCAGAAGAAUGGCGUGUUCAAAAUUGAGGUGAUUCAGCCUCUUUUGGACAUGGCGGCAGGAUCCAGCAGCGCUGGUACAGCUCUCGCAAGCGCAGAUGAGCCAGGUUCUCCUCCAUCUCCAGCCAAAGAGCAAGCCCCCGCCGUAACGGCGAACUCCACCAUGACAGCUGUCCCUCAGCUCCAAAACUCUGACGCUUUUGCUGCCGUGGCACAACUCUUCCAGACUUCACAGGGUCAACAGCUUCAACAGAUGCUGCAGAACUUUCAGCAACAGCCAGUGAAGCCCCAGCCCCAGACCGACACACAGCCCCCCCCUACACAUCACCUCCAGACCCAGGCUCAGAGUGUCGCCUCUGACCCGGGCGUCGGCGCCCCGUGUCUUCCAGUGUCCACGACCCCGACUCAACAACAGAAGACGGCCUUUGACAAGAAAUUACUUGACCGCUUCGACUAUGACGACGAGCCAGAAGGUGGAGAGGAGUCCAAGAAGGAUGAGACGUCAUUGUCCCAGCCCUCUUUUAUGCAGCAGCCUCCGGCCUUCCCUCCGCACAUGGAGCACUUUAACACACAAAUGAUCCCCAUGACACAAGACCCCUCACAGCAGGGUUCUCUCCCACCUAAUGGCCAACUCCAGGGUUAUGGGCUGCCAUCUGGACAGGGCUUUCCAGGGAUGAUGCCUCCUCUGGGGCAGGCUCCGCCAGGUCAUCCCGGCUCAGCUGGAGCCCCAGGGUUCCCAGGAGUAUACCCCGCUCACAAUACAGCCCAGCAACAGCAACAGCAGGAUAUUUCUGUGGAAAUGGAUCGUUCAUCGGUGAGAGAUGGCAGACAUGGUGGAAGGUCACACUCGGGCUCCAGGUCCCCGAAGAGGAGACGGUCACGGUCAAACUCCCGCACACGACGAUCCCGACACAGGCGAUCCCGCUCACGCUCCAGGGAGCGGCGUCACCAUACCCCUCGCUCCCGCUCGCAGGAGCGCAGGGAGAGGGAGAAAGAGAGGGAGCGGCGGCAGAAAGGGCUCCCGCAGCCUAAAAGCGAUACACUGAGUGUGUGCAGCACGACUCUCUGGGUGGGGCAGUUGGAUAAGAGAACGCAACAGCAGGACGUUGCCUGUCUGCUGGAGGAGUAUGGGCAGAUUGACUCGAUCAACAUGAUUCCACCGCGGGGCUGUGCCUACAUUGUCAUGGUGCACAGGCAGGAUGCCUUCAGGGCUCUGCAGAAGCUCAGCAGAGGCACCUAUAAGGUCAAUCAGAAAGCCAUCAAGAUUGCAUGGGCAUUGAACAAGGGCAUAAAACCAGAGUAUAAGCAGUACUGGGAUGUUGAGCUAGGCGUCACGUACAUACCUUGGUCCAAGGUCAAAGAAGACCAGCUGGAAGAGCUUAGAGAGGGAGGAAUAUUGGACAUGGAAACUUUAUCACCAGAGUGGAGAGGAGUGAUAAACAAUCUGGAUAACUCGGAGGAGCUUGCCCACAACGGCCGCUCUGAGCAACAGCAGCCUCAGGAGGUGCAAGGUUUACCUGUGACCCCCACCCCUGCACCCCCUGCACAGGUUCCUCCAGUGCAGCAGCCAAUGGUUGGUGUGGGUUCUCUUCAGCCUCCAGUGUUCCCUGGUCCCAUGGGCAUGCCUCCACCUUCCUUCCCCCCUGGUGUGCCCCUUCCUCCCUUCAUGAGACCUGGCUUCAAUCCCAUGCAGAUGCCACCAGGUUUCCCUCCCCCAGGUGCCAUGCCCCUCGGCCCGCCGCCUCCUUCAAAAGGUGCAUCCGAGGAUCAGUCUCCAGAUCCAGCAGGCCUGGGCAACAGACAAAAUGAGGAGGGCCUUGAUGGGCCCAGCCUCUUCAACAGCCAAAUGGGACCCAUGGGUAACCAGAUGAGUGGACCUCCACCAGGGAACGUCCAACCCCCAUCUGGAGGCCUGCUUGGGGCACGGCCUGGUAUAAUUCCCCUCCAGCGGCCCCCAGUUCUUCCCCCUCCACACAUGCAGCGUUUCCCCCCGCCCCACGGCCCGCGACCACCUCACCCCAGUAUGCCCCCUGUGCCCCCUCAGAUGAUGCACCGGGGGCCCCACCCUCAAAUGAUGCACCAUGAUGCUCCUCCACCUCCAGGGGGUUUUGGGAUUCCCCCUCCCCACACCAUGAGGGCUCCCUUCCCUCCCCCUGGCCCUCCUCCCUCUGGCCCUCUUGCCUCUGGCCCUCUUGCCUCUGGCCCUCUUGCCUCUGGCCCUCUUACCUCUGGCCCUCUUGCCUCUGGCCCUCUUACCUCUGGCCCUCUUGCCUUGGGCCCUCGUGCCCCAGGCUCUCAUCCCCCUGGUCCUCAUCCCCACAGCUCUCAUCCCCCCGGCCCCCCUGGUCCUCAUCCCCCCGGCCCCCCUGGUCCUCGUCCCCCUGGCCCUCAUCCCCUGCCCUUCAUCAGACCAGCUGCUCCGCGGGGCAUGGAUGGCCCGGAGGAGACUGAUAGCAGGCUGUUUCGGGGUGAGAGGCCCGGGUUCCGAGAAAGAGACCCGGAAAGGGACUGGGACCGAGAGAGGGACCGGGAGAGGGACCGGGAGAGAGACCGAGGCUUUGGAGGAGGGAGGCGGCUGUUUGGUGAUGGAGGGAGAGGAGGAGGAGUGGGAGGUGGAGGCAGUGACAGGAUGGAUGGAAGAGAGAGGCUGGGAGGCUGGCAGGAUGAUUGUGGAGAUCAUCGAGGAGGAGGAUGGGAGCGAGACAGAGACAGAGACCGGGACCGAGACCGGGACCGGGACCGAGACCGGGACCGUGACCGUGAUCGGGAUCGUGAUCGGGAUCGAGAUCGGGAUCGGGAUCGAGACCGAGACCGAGACCCCGACAGGGAUCGGGAGAGAGACAGAGAACGGGACAGACGGGACUGGAGAGAGAGGCGGAGCAGCCAGGAGGCCGACCGGGAACGUGGGAGGGGGAGUGAGGAGGGGGUGAGGGAGCGUGAGAGGAGUAGGGGAGAGAUUGGGAGCAGAGAAAGAGGGAGAGGAACGGAAGGGAGAGGAACGGAAGGAAGAGGAACGGAAGGGAGAGGAACGGAAGGGAGAGACGGAGACAGGCCCAGGCGGUCGGAACGGCGUGAGAGGAGCACGCGAUGGGACAGGGACGAUCGGCUGGCGGAGUUAGAAAAUAUGGAUAGGGUCCAGAACGCUGACAGAACAACAGAACCGCCACGCGGUACACCCACUUUAACAGCGGGGCCUGGCAAAGAGCCCAGCGAGGAUCCCCCUACGGGAGUCUCUCAAAAGAAGACCGAACCAUCUGCCCCCCUCCCUGAAGUAACUACUGCUGCUGCAGCAGAGCCGGCGUCCUCUGAGCCUCCACCUUCAACCCCAAAUGAGCCAAUAGAGAUGGCACAGGAGGCCGAGUCGUAGGCCAACUCAGCCCUCCUUCAGCCACAGACCGGAUAAAGAACAGACAAAUACUCAAUAGUCUUGCCUCAGCGCCCUGAAAGGUGGAUUUGAUGCAAUUAUAUUGGAGGUGGGUCUAUCAGAGUUUGUAUCACCUGGUGUUCUUUACAGUUUCUGGCCACUAAAAAAGACAAAUUCAUGGAAAAUCGAUCAUCUUAAUGAAUUGUUUAACAGGGAAAAAAAAUAGUUUACAGGUUGUGCAGUCUAUAGAUGAAUUUGGUGAUAUUUCUACAUUCUGAAACGUGACCAUACAAAAUAAGUCCGUUUGGGGAAAAAAUGGCAGUAUUUAAACAUCCGCUGUCCAUCAGGGACCGCAAGUCCGUCACCCUCCUGUAAGUCAUAGGUGAGCAUUGGUUUUGCAAAUGAACAAACAAAUGUAUGACUGAAUCACAUGCACCCUCUUGCUUAGUGUUAAUCUCAACUGAGGUUGCCGUUCAUGUCCUUUUUCACUCCCCGUGCAGUUUGCCUACAGGGAAAACACGUUUCUAACGGAGACAACUAUUUUUUUUCACUUGGUUGCCUAAUCUGUGGAACGACAAGGGAACAGGUACUCCCCCCAUUGUUCCAACAAGGUAAAUCUGUUCUUUGUAGUAAAAAUUGCAAAUACACAGGAGUCCCGCCUCGUCAAUAGUAAAUAUCUCCCCAAAUAUUUCAGCUAGAACGGCUCGUAGUAUCUGGAAGCUUGACAGAUCCCCCUCACACAUUUUUUUACUAUCACUUUUAUUACUUUUUCCGUGUUACUUGUGUGCCCCUGAGGACUUCAGUGCUGCAGCAUCACAGCCAAGAAGACUUCCAAAUGAAAGACGAAUGUGGCCUUGCCUCUUUUUCUUGUUUUCCCUCAACUACAAAUUAUUCCGUUGUUCUAAUACUUUGUGGUUAAAAGUAAAUGUGGGGGGUCUGGUUUCCAUUUAAAACAAAAACUUGGAAAACAUAUCCAUUUUGAUUUUAUAAAAUAAAAGUGAAUAAAGUCAUAUAUUUGGAAGGCCUGGCCAUUUUUGAGCCACUUUUGAACCAAUUUUUGACUUUAUUCUCUUUGCCUAAAACAUGGUACAGCAACUGAUAUCAAAAUGAAACGUCAUAAAACAUCGACUGUCCCGUGCCAGAUGUCUGAAAAUCUGCCCUUGAUGUAAAAUAUCUCACACAUUCAUGAAUUCUAGUAGUAAUGGAAAUUUUGUUUUAUCACAGUUGGACCUUCUCUCACAAGUCUUCUGAAUUCGUCUGGAUUAAUCAGAAGGCCGUAUUCACUGAAAGCCGUUUGAAACCCCCCAAGUUGUGAAAUAUUCGUAACAACUUGGUCCGUUCUGCUUUCAUUCAAUAAACUCGUUGUUUGAUUUUACUGCACGUGUUGGCGUAACAUCAGCACUGAAAUGCAAGACCUCUUUUUUUUUUUCUUCAAAAACUGUGUGCGUUGAAAUCUCUUGGCCUUUUAGAUGCAGCAAAAAAUAAACACUCAAGCAACUCACGCUCGCCUUUCUAAAUUUGGAUUGUUGCAUAAUUGGACGAAAAUUCUCGUAACAUUUCCGGCUGAUGGGCUGAGAGGCAUUCACUUUGCGGCGAGGCUGAUCAUAACAUCAUCCCUCCAUUAAUGUACCUUCCUUGGGUGCAAGUUAACAGGGCUCUCAGGAAUUUCAUAACGCUUUCCUGGAAAUCAUUAUUUGACUGCCCAAUUGGGGAGCCCAGGAGAGUGUGAAAAUUGAUGGGUCUGGUUGGAAUUCCACAGGAUCUCCAUGACACCGGUUUUCACACGCGUUCAUUCCAGUGACAUGCAAGAUACAAUAAAUGUCAUGCACCUGAGAAGUUGAAUUAUUUUAGUAAACUGAACUCUUAGUUUGAAGGCCAAGUACCUGUUUGUGAAUAACUACUUUUAAACUUGUACCUGCAUAUUCUCUACUUCUACUACUACUACAACUACUAUUGCUACUACUACUUUUGGCUGCUCCCAUUAGGGGUCGCAACAGUGGA